AUGGCGCCAAGGCGACCUGAUAAGAAGUCCAAAAAACGAGACAAGGCAGCGAUAUCCAGGGCAGCAGGCGGAGCUUCUAAGCCCGUCACCCCAGAAGUUUUAGUUAAGGCGGCCGAAUACCAAUUACAAGCAGGCAAUGUCCAAGAUGCCCUUACACUAGCAGAGAAAGCGCUGGAGCAAUCAUCCACAGGCUCGGAUGACGAGCUGUCCGCGCUAAACCUGCUCGGACAGGUUAACCUCGAGGCAGGCGAAUUCGAGGCCGCGCGGGCGUAUUUCCUGCAGGCCGUCGCGAUCGAUGCCGACGGCGCCAAAGACGAAGCUUUCGGGGGUGGGCCAGAGAAAUUCCUAUGUUUGGCGCAGCUGAGCGAGGAGGGCGGCCAGGACAGCGUCACGUGGUUCGAGAAGGGCGCCGUGGCGCUCAGAAAACAGAUCCAGACUCUGGAGAAUGCGCGACGGAGAACCGACGAGCAGACUAUCCUGUUAGACGAGCUCAAGAAGAAAUUAGCUAUGACUCUGUGCUCUGUUACGGAGGUCUACAUGACGGAUCUCUCGUGGGAGGAGGACGCCGAGCAGAGAUGCGAGACUCUGGUUACGGAGGCGACGAUGGUGGCGCCGGAUUUCGCCGAGACUUGGCAGACUUUGGCCAACGUGCGGAUUUCCCAGGAGAGGUUCGAUGAUGCGAAGGCUGCGCUGACGAGGAGCUUGGAGCUAUGGAAGGAUUUGCCGCCUGAAGACCCUGCGGUUCCCGACUUCCCGAGCAGAGUCGCGCUUGCGAGACUGCUUAUGGAAGUUGAGAUGGAGCAGGAGGCUAUCGAAGUCCUUGAGCGCCUGGUUAGCGAGGACGAUCAAAGCGUCGAGGUCUGGUAUUUAGGUGGUUGGGGUCUCUACGUCAUGGGCGAGAAACAGAAGGCGGCCAAGGCGAGCGAGGAGGACUGGAAGGCGUCGUGGAUAUCGAGCCGCGUGUGGCUCAACCAGUGCCAGCAUCUGUAUAAACUUCAAGACUACGAGGACGAGCGGUUAGGAGAACAUGCGCAGGAAUUAUUAAGUCUUAUUGCUAAGGAGCUUGGUGAGGCGCCGGCCGGCGAGGGCGAAGAUGAGGACUGGGAGGACGAGGAUGAGGGGAGCGAUGAUGAGAUGAAGGACUGA